AUGGUGGAGGACAAAACGAAACGACUUGGAAGAUGGUAUUUUGGAGGAGUUGCAGGUGCCAUGGCCGCUGUGUGCACUCACCCACUUGAUCUCUUGAAGGUUCAACUUCAAACCCAACAACAAGGAAAACUCACCAUUCCUCAACUGUCGCUUAAAAUCUACAAGAACGACGGAUUCUUUGCAUUCUACAACGGAGUGUCUGCAUCUGUACUCCGUCAACUCACCUACUCAACGACUAGAUUUGGAAUUUAUGAGACAGUCAAGAAGCAGCUUCCUCAAGAUAAACCACUGCCUUUCUACCAGAAAGCACUUCUUGCUGGUUUCGCAGGAGCGUGUGGAGGAAUCGUUGGUACUCCUGGAGAUUUGGUCAACGUUAGAAUGCAAAACGACUCUAAGCUUCCACCAGCCGAGCGAAGAAACUACAAACAUGCUAUAGAUGGGUUGGUCAGAAUCACGAGGGAAGAGGGAUUCAUGAAAAUGUUCAAUGGAUGCACUAUGGCUACGUCUCGUGCUAUUCUCAUGACUAUUGGACAACUUUCCUUCUACGAUCAAAUCAAGCAGACCCUCAUCUCGACUGGAGUUGCUGAGGACAACUUGCAGACUCACUUUGCUAGUUCGAUCAGUGCGGCCAGUGUUGCGACUGUCAUGACUCAACCGUUGGACGUUAUGAAGACCCGAAUGAUGAAUGCCGCCCCCGGAGAAUUCAAGGGCAUCCUUGACUGUUUCAUGUUCACCGCCAAGUUAGGGCCAAUGGGAUUCUUCAAGGGAUUCAUUCCAGCAUGGGCGCGUCUCGCACCACAUACAGUUCUUACUUUCAUCUUCUUUGAACAACUCAGACUGAACUUUGGAUAUUCUCCAUUGCCAAAAGCAUAA